GCCUUUUCAACAAACAGCCAUUGAAUACAAAUGAGGUCACCAGCAGGCAAAGAAUUCCAACCACAGUGAACCCAGUCUGAGGAAAGAAAAGAAGGCAAAAUUGCCCCCAAAGUAAAAUAAAGGGGAAAAGACUCCGAGAGAGUUGCAGCACCGCACAGAGCUGGGAUUUACUCAAGCCAAAAGCUGAUCACCGAUCUGGGAGCUAAAGAGAGCAGCUGAGCACUAUUAAGCACUAACAAGCUCCUGCAAGCUAUUCUCAGCAUUCACUUCUCUGUUACUACAGAAAUGCUUUGGGAACACAAAACCUUCCUCCUCUGUGUUUUGUUGGUCUGUGUUGCAUCACUGGUGGUGGGCCUUUUAGAUGAAAGGCAGGAAGAUGAUCAGUGCGCUGAUCUCCACAAUACCACAUGGCGGGAGUACCAGCAGCAAAGAGUCAGACUGCAGGUCCAGUAUCUGCUGCUGACCAGGAAAAACAUGGACUGCGCACAAACAUUCAACCAGACGUCCCUCACUGAGCAGACCUCCUACUUCAAUCCCUCCCGUCCCACAAAGGUUAUCAUCCACGGGUACAGGGCCCUAGGAAGGAAGCCCUCCUGGGUGAAGAAGCUAAGCCAGGCCCUGUUACAGGCUGAAGAUGUGAAUGUGGUGCUGGUGGACUGGGUUUACAGUGCAUCCUUUGCCUACAACCUGGUGGUAGAGAAUUACAAGGAGGUAGCCCUGCAGAUCUCCGUCCUCAUCAACCAGCUGCAGAAUCAUGGCUGUACACUAGAAUCCUUCCACUUUAUUGGGGUCAGUCUUGGGGCGCACGUGGCUGGUUUUGUGGGAACUCUGUUUGGAGGAAAAAUAGGAAGAAUCACAGGCCUGGACCCCGCUGGACCCAUGUUUAAAGGAGCGGACACCUAUGACCGACUGGACCCCUCUGACGCUCAGUUUGUGGAUGCCAUCCACACAGACUCUGACUAUUUUGGCAUCUCCAUCCCCGUCGGCCAUGUGGACUUCUUUCUGAAUGGAGGGAAGGAUCAGACAGGAUGUGCCCGCUCGAGGUUUCCCUCGAUGUAUGGUUAUGUGAUAUGUGACCACAUGAUGGCGCUGCACGUCUACAUGAGCGCGCUGAACGGCUCGUGCCAGUUAAUGGGGAUCCCGUGCUCCACCUAUGAGGACUUUCUGAAGGGACGCUGCGUAGACUGUAACGUCUUCAAAGGGAAGUGUCCGGUAAUAGGUUUAUCAGAAAACAGUGGGAUAGCCAUAUCUCCACUUCCCAAAGAGCAGAAACUGUUCCUCCUCACAACGUCUGUGUCACCUUUUUGCGCUCGUCACAUCCUGCUGGAGAUGGAAGUUUCGCAGUUGGAUAAGCGCGCUGAGAUUGAAGUGGCUCUGAGGACUGAAAACCUGGAAACAAAGCAGAGGCUCAGGCUUCAGACGGAUACAGUGGUGUACAGGACGGUGAUGGCUCACCCUACGGGUCUGUGUGAGAUCAACUCCAUCAGUCUGAAAAACACAGGAGCUCGCUUCUACAGACAGGGAGAGAUCCACGUCAAGUCUGUCUGUGUGUCCGACUUGCCCUCUCACAGACACGAGGAGCCUCUGUGUGUGAACAGCAUGAAUAUCAGACGAGGAGAUCUGUGGUCCCACGACUUUGUGCAGCUGUGUGACGUCUUCUGAAGAGAAAGAUGUCCUGCAAAGAUACUGACACGGAAAUAACGUCACAUUUUUACCACCUUGUUUAAUUCUAACAUCAUGACUGAAACUGGGGGAAAAGGUUAUUUACAUUUGUACAUCAGUGUUUGCGGCACCUUGUUUUUUGUCAUUCAGAGUUUGCCUGUUAGUUCACUCCUGCCUUUAAAAACUGUUCUGCAUCCCGGUCCCCACGUUUGCUGUGUUUCCCCACAAGAUGUUUUAGCAAUAAACGUAGCAACAAACUCGCA